UUCGCCCUCGGCAAAACGCCCGUGGCCGAUUUCCCGAGCUGGGCGGUCGGCCAUGGGGGCAGAGCAGAAAGAUCGGGAGGAGCCCCUGGGUGCCUUCAUGGAGCUUGAGCGGCUUCUGCUCAAGAGCCAGGAGGACGUCGCCGUGUCUUUGGAGAAGGCGCGCCAGGCCUUGCUGUCCGCCCUGGCGGAGCCAGCGCGCGCGGCCGGAGGCAGCCAGUUGCUGGCCACACGGACCACGUUCCAGCCAUCCACAUCCGGGGAUAUGGACCUGCCGCCGAGCCUCGAUGAGAAGGAUACACCCUGCGGGCUUGCCUUCCUCGACUCGCAGAGCGCAAAUUCCGCAAACCACGCCUCCUUCGAGUAUCCCUUCUUAAGUGUCGCCGCGCUGACGCCUGUCACGCCAGCCGCAGUUCUAGGCCAUACGAGCACCGGCAACUCUUUGCCGGCGGCGCCAGCGGCCUCCGCCGUGAACCACGUCGCCUCCGGCGAGAGCCGCGGCGCCGCGGUGGCCUCCGCCGCGGCGGCCGCCGGGGCCUCCGCCGGGACGCGGCGGUCCGUGCACUCCAAAGAGUCCGCCGGGCUGCCCCUUGAUGCGUUGCACAUGGCCAGCAGCGACGUGCAGCUCAGCUCCAACAUGGGCAAGUUGGACACCUGCAUGGGGGUGGUUGUUCUGCUCAACGCGCUCCUCAUGAUCUUUGAUCUGGAAUGCGAAGGCCAACUGGCAGCGCAGCACGUGGGCCUUAUACCUGGGAUGGACUGCCAUGGCAGUGACGUCUUCGUGGUGGGUGAGCACGUGUUCACGAUCCUCUUCCUAGUGGAACUGACGUGGAGAGUUUACCUGGAUCGGUGCAGAUACUUCUGCGAUCCGUUGAACAUAUUCGAUGGCUUCCUGGCCUUCUACUCGGCUUUUUACCUGUACCUCCUAGUGCCGCUGCUGGGGUCGCAGGCCUCGCUGAGCUUGCUGAAGCUGCUGCGCGUGGCCAAGCUGGUGCGCACGGUGCGGAUCAUGCGGACCCUGCGCCUCUUCCGAGGCCUGCGUCUCUUGGUGCACGCCUGCUUCUCCUUCCUGCCGUCCCUGGGCUGGGCCAUGGCCAUGCUGGGCCUCUGCAUGAUCUGCUCCGGUCUGGCUAUGGGGAACUUGAUGCAGGAGUACAUCGUGGAUGAGACCCAGGAUGCCGACAGCCGGUUGUGGAUCUGGAUGCACUACGGCACUUCCUACCGGGCCAUCUAUACAAUGUACGAGAUGACCUUCGCAGGAAACUGGCCCAACUAUGCGCGGCCGGUGCUGGAGAACGUGAGUCAGCUGUACUGCAUCUUCUACCUUCUCUACAUCACGGUGAUCGUCUUCGCGGUAAUUCGCGUGAUCUCGGCCAUCUUCGUGAAGGAGACUUUGGAGGUUGCCUCCAACGACGCGGAGGUCAUUGUGCAGGAGCGCAUCCGGCAGAAGGCCAUGUACGUCUCGAAGUUGGAAGCCAUCUUCAUGGCCAUGGAUGACAGUGGCGACGGUCUCCUCUCCGAGGCGGAGAUGAACGAGUGGCUGAUGAACGAAAGAGUGCAGGCCUACCUCUCUAGCCUUGACCUGGACGUGGCGGAGGGCGAGGCGCUCUUCCGACUGUUGCAGAACGAUGACGGGGAGAUCACCUACCAGGACUUCAUUGCAGGCAUCAUGCGGUGCAAGGGCCCAGCACGAGCCAUCGACCAGAUCUGCCUGCAGACUGAGGUGCACCAUCUCUCCGAUGCUUUGCUCCAGCUCCUCGUGGCCUUGGAAGAUGCAGCCAUCAUCCCCCACUCCGACCGGCGGGGCAAGGCCUUCUUGACCCGUUCCAAGCACCAGAUGGCACUCUUGCAGGCCACCAAGAACUUGGGCUCGGAGGGCUCCUUCGGCCCCAUGCGCUCGCUACGCUGCUGAAGUGACCGCAGGAAUCCGCUGAAGCGUCCUACGGGCCGUCGUUUGGGGGGGGG